AUGGAGACCGUUGCUGUCCUGAGAGAGCUGCCUGUCUUGACUCUGGUCAAGGCAGUGCCUCUCGCCCUGGUGGGAUAUCUCCUCGCCGUCUGCGUUUAUCGCAUCUGGUUCCAUCCUCUGGCCAAAUUCCCCGGGCCGGUCCUGGCCAAGAUCACGAAUCUCUAUGGAGGAUAUCACGCAUGGAAGGGGGAUCUACACCUGCAUAUGAUGCGUUGUCAUGAGAAAUAUGGUGACAUUGUCCGAUAUGCUCCCAACCGCGUGCUGUUCAACACCAACACCGGCUUGAAAGAAAUCUAUGCCUUUAGCAAGAGUUUCCAGAAAUCCUCCGCCUACGGGGCGAUGGUCCACCGAGCCCCCAACACCCUGACCCUCAUUGACAAGAAGCAGCAUGGUCGCAAACGACGCAUCAUCGGCCAGGGGUUCGGCGAUCAGGCCCUCCGUGGCUACGAGGAAACAAUCAUGCAGCUCGUGCGCACUUUCUGCGACUCCCUGGCCAAGGACAUCCCCGAGGAGGGUCCAGCCGGGGAAUGGUCUGCGCCGCAAAACAUGGCCAAGUGGAGCAACUACUUGACCUUCGACAUCAUGUCCAGCGUCAUCUUCGGAGUGAAUUUUGAUCUGAUUGGCAGCCCCAAGAACCGCGAGAUCGUCCGGUGCAUUGAAGACUCUAACGUACGCACGGGGGUGCUGCUCCAGGCCGGUGAGCUGGCGACGCGCCGCCUCGACCGCAAGCUCUUCCCGCAGGCGAUCAUUGGCCGGAACUUCUUUAUUAAAUUCGUGAACCAGCUGCUCAAGAAGCGCAUGUCGGCCAAGCCGUUGAAGCGGAAAGACGUGUUCUCGUUCCUGUUGGAUGCGGUUGACCCCGAGACGCAGCAGGGCUUCACCCCGGCCGAGAUCGGAGCGGAAAGUACUACUAUGAUUGUCGCCGGGUCUGAUACCUCCUCCACGGCAAUCGCAUCCACCUUCUUCUACCUCUGCCGUCACCCCGAAGUCUACGAGAAGGUCAAGAACGAAGUGCGCGCCGCCUUCGCCGGCCCGGACGACGUCACACUCGGCGCGGCGCUCACCGGCUGUGUGUAUCUCCGCGCCUGUAUCGACGAGAGUCUGCGCAUGUCGCCGCCGGCGAGUAGUUCGCUUUGGCGCGAGGUCGUCCAGGAUGGGGUGGUGAUUGACGGUCACCCUGUGCCGCGUGGCUACGAUGUGGGAACUUGUAUCUAUGCCAUCCACCACAACGCCGAGUACUACCCCGAGCCGUUUAAGUAUCUGCCGGAGCGCUGGCUCGACGAGCAACCUGAAAAGGUCCAAGUUGCGCGAUCGGCUUUCAACCCGUUCUCAAUUGGGCCCCGCAGUUGUUUGGGUAAAGGGUUGGCUUUGACAGAGCUGACUCUGACCAUGGCGUACUUGCUGUCUAAGUAUGAUUUCCGUCCGGCGCCGGGGAGUGAGAAGGUUGGUGGGGGGUCGUUGGCGCAGGGGGUGGGGAGGGAGAGGGAGGAAGAGUAUCAACUCAGGGAUCAUGUUACUGCUGCGAAGGAUGGGCCGAUUGUGCAGUUGCGUGUGAGGCAAUGA